AUGGUUAUAAAGCCAAAAACCAAUAACAGAAGAAAGAUCAGUAUUGAUUUUAACGACGAUGAAGGGUCAAGUUCAUUAGAUCACCCAGGCACAAGGGAGUCACCGUCUACCUCAUCUACCUCAUCGCCUACAAGACCAGUGUUUAAGAAGAUAAAGAAACAAGAAGCGCAAAGGAUCAAGGGGUUCCCCAGUAAGCAUCAGAGUCAGGUAAAUAAGUUAACUAGCCUGAAUAACGUGAAGAAUAACGGAGAUGGGGCAAAUAGACCCUCUACCAUGUUGAAGCCAAAACUGUCGCUUCAGGAACUGGCUUCAAAAGAGAAACAAACUUAUAAGAAUGAUAAUGGAUACCAACAGGGCUCACUUUUGAAUAAAGAAGACGAGGACAAUGAUAACUUUUCCGACACCUCUUUGGAUAGGGAAUGGUACACUAACGAGAGAGCGAAUCACUAUGAAGAUCUAGAACUGGAGACUAACAAUAAAGCCACCAGGAAUAGAACUUCUCUAGAUACGUUUGACCCCUUUGAAGACGAUCCUGAAGACUAUGAAAAUCAUCGACAACAGCAAAUUGUAUCACAUCAUUUGAUACCCCCUUUCUUAGAAGAUGAGCAGAUCAUUGCCAACCAAAAGGCAGAAAUAUCAGUUAUACGAGACCCCGAGGGUCACCUAGCUGCCGCAGCUAGGAGAGGUAGCAAUCUAGUGAAUGAGCGAAGAGUCCAGUCAGUUAUCAUGAAGAAGAACAAUGAAGUCAGCGCUGUCAAGGGUACAAAGCUGGGAAAUGUCAUGGGUAUUAAAGACAAAGAAGAGAAGAUAGAACAUAAGAACUUUAUUGAAGCGAUGGAAGAUUCAAGCUCUCCUCUUGAUAUCGCAGAACAAAGACGUUGUCUGCCUGCAUUCACUGUUCGUGAGGAUUUGAUUCGAACCAUAAGAGAGAAUCAGAUAGUAGUCGUAAUUGGUGAAACAGGUAGUGGUAAAACUACGCAAUUAACACAGUUUUUAUAUGAGGAAGGAUUCUAUAAGAGAGGGAUAAUUGGUUGUACUCAGCCUAGAAGGGUGGCUGCCAUGUCUGUUGCUAAAAGAGUCAGCGAAGAGAUGGGAGUCAAACUCGGAAAUGAAGUGGGUUUCACUAUCAGAUUUGAGGACAGGACGAGCCCCAGGACAAUGAUCAAAUAUAUGACUGAUGGUGUACUCCUUCGUGAGACACUGCUAGAUUCUGGACUAGAGAAAUACUCCUGUAUUAUCAUGGAUGAAGCUCACGAGAGAUCGUUGAAUACUGAUAUUCUUCUCGGAUUAUUCAAAAAGAUCCUGACUAAGCGAAGAGAUCUAAGACUAAUAAUAACUUCAGCUACUAUGAAUGCUUCCAGAUUCUCCGAGUUUUUUGGAAAUGCUGACACUUUUACUAUUCCUGGAAGAACGUUUCCGGUAGAUAUCCAAUUCUCCAAAUAUCCAGUAGCAGACUAUGUCGAUGCGGCUAUAAAGCAAGUACUGAAAAUUCAUUAUGGUAAAAAACCAGGUGAUAUUUUAGUAUUCAUGACUGGUCAGGAAGAUAUCGAAGCAACUUGUCAGGUACUACAAGAAAGAAUAGAAGAGAUAGAAGAAGAUGCUGAAAACAAGAAUCCUCUGUCAAUACUACCCAUAUAUUCUUCUUUGCCAGCAGAUCUGCAAGCUAAAGUGUUUGGAAGAUCUGAAGUUCGAAAGUGCAUUGUGGCAACGAAUAUUGCCGAAACUUCUCUGACUGUCGAUGGGAUUGUAUUUGUUGUAGAUGCGGGGCUCUGUAAGCUGAAAGUUUACAGUUCGAAGCUGGGGAUGGACAUACUUCAAUUAGCACCCAUAUCAUUUGCUCAAGCAAACCAAAGAUCUGGUAGAGCAGGCAGAACGGGACCAGGUGUGGCAUAUCGGCUUUAUACUCUAACAGAGGCAGAAAAAGAGAUGUACGUACAACCAAUUCCAGAAAUUCAAAGAACCAAUCUAGCUAACACGUUGCUACUGAUUAAAUCAUUAGGAGUAGAUAAUUUGUUAGACUUUCCAUUCAUUGAUCCACCUCCCCACGCCACGAUCUAUUCUUCAUUGUAUGACUUGUGGUGUUUAGAUGCCAUAGAUAAUCUCGGUGCACUUACAGACUUGGGUCAUAAAAUGACCUCCUUCCCGAUGGAACCAGUGCUUUCCAAAAUGUUAAUCAAAUCUCAUGAGUUCAAGUGUUCUACUGAGAUGUGUAUAAUUGUUGCCAUGCUGUCCGUCCCCAAUGUGUUUUAUCGACCAAAGGAGAGACAAAAAGAAAGUGACAGAAGUAGGGAAAGAUUCUUCAUUCCUGAGAGCGAUCAUCUUACUUUACUGAAUGUUUACAACCAGUGGUUGAACCACAGAAACUCAGCUCGUUGGUGCGUCCAGAACUUUCUUCAUGAGAAGUCUUUAAGACGAGCUCAAGAGAUAGAACUUCAGUUGCAAUCAAUCAUGAUGCAGCAAGGCAUGGCUUGUCGAAGCAUUGGCAGACAGUGGGAUCCGAUACAGGAAUGCAUUUGCAGCUGUUUAUUUGUCAAUGCAGCUCGGUUCAAAAAGUUUGGGGAAUACACAAACCUAAGAAGUGUUAUGUCGAUGGUCCUUCAUCCAACUUCCAGUCUCUAUGGUACAGCUGAUUUACCUGAAUAUGUCGUGUUUCAAGAGUUGCUGUUAACAUCCAGAGAGUACAUGAAUGUGGUUACAGCCGUGAAGCCUGAAUGGUUAGCAAAAUACGGAUCGGUUUUCUACUCCGCUAGGAGUGACCACGAAGCAGUAUUGUCCCGUCUCAAAGAAGCUAUGGACGAUGCGAAAAAAAAAUGGAAUCAAUUAGAGACUUCCAAAACUCAGAAAGUCGUUACCAAUGUUCAACCUAAAGGACAAAUAGGAAUACGCAGACCCCGAAGGGUUUGA